AUGACUGGACGUGGCAAGGGCGGCAAGGGCCUCGGCAAGGGCGGUGCCAAGCGUCACCGCAAGAUUCUACGAGACAACAUUCAGGGCAUCACCAAGCCCGCUAUCCGCCGUCUGGCUCGCCGUGGCGGUGUCAAGCGAAUCUCUGCCAUGAUCUACGAGGAGACGCGCGGUGUUCUCAAGAGCUUCCUCGAGGGCGUCAUCCGCGACGCCGUCACCUACACGGAGCACGCCAAGCGCAAGACGGUCACCUCGCUCGAUGUCGUCUACGCGCUGAAGCGCCAGGGCCGCACCCUCUACGGUUUUGGUGGUUAG